GCUGGAGCAGCUGUCUCGCCAUGUCGGCUGCGCAGGCGGGGAGUGUCUUCCAGAGGGCCCGGGGUCGGACCCUGGACGCGUUUCCCGCAGCGGUUGUCCAGAAGAGUGUUUGCCAAAGCCAGUGAAGUGAUGCUGAAAGCUGCCUGGCCAAAUCUCUUCCCCUCUCCCCUUGGGACAAUCUGAAGGGUUGUUGAUGGGGAGUUUGGCAAGUCUCUCCUCUGCCAGUGAAAAGGAAAAGGAAUGGAAGGGCCCAUUCUACUUCAUCCAAGGUGCUGACCCUCAGUUUGGGCUGAUGAAGGCCUGGGCCACCGGAGACUGUGACAGUGGCGGUGACGAGUGGGGACAGGAGAUCCGGCUCACCCAGCAGGCCGUGCAGGCCAUCAACAAGCUCAACCCCAAGCCCAAGUUCUUUGUUCUGUGCGGCGACCUCAUCCAUGCUAUGCCAGGGACGCCUUGGCGGAAGCAGCAGACGGAGGACCUGCAGCGCGUGCUGGGGGCGGUGGACCGGGAGAUCCCGCUGGUCCUGGUCAGCGGCAACCACGAUGUGGGCAACGUGCCCACGGCGGAGACGGUGGCGGAGUUCCGCCAGACUUGGGGUGAUGACUACUUCAGCUUCUGGGUUGGGGGCGUGCUCUUCCUGGUGCUCAACUCCCAGUUCCUGCACGACGCGUCCCGGUGCCCCGCGCUGAAGCUGGCCCAGGACCGCUGGCUGGAGCAGCAGCUGGGCAUCGCCCGAGAGCGCCAGUGCCAGCAUGCCAUUGUCUUCCAGCACAUCCCACUCUUCCUGCGGAGCAUCGACGAGGAUGACGACUACUUCAACCUCACCAAGGCCGUGCGCAAGGAGCUGGCCGACAAGCUCACCGGAGCAGGUAUCAAAGCCGUGUUCUCUGGCCACUACCACAGGAACGCGGGGGGCUCCUACCAGAGCCUGGACAUGGUGGUGUCCUCUGCCAUCGGGUGCCAGCUGGGCACAGACACCCACGGGCUCCGCAUCGUGGUGGUCACAGCAGAGAAGAUCAUCCACCGGUACUGCAGCUUAGACGAGCUGACCGAGAAGGGCCUCGGGGGCGACCUCCUGGAGCUGCUGCGGGAGUGACCUCAGCCCGGCCCCUCGCUCCUCCGCACCAGCUGCUCCCAGAGCUUGGCCUGCCCGGACCAGCGGCCGCCACAGCCCCCGGCCGCCAGGAGACACGGGCCAGGCAGGCCUGCUUUUGUACCCUUGUGCAUAAAUCACAGCGCCAGCUCUCAUCCUAGAUGACGGCCUAAGUUAUAUCCGAAAUCAAACUGCCUAACCCGUGAUAAGGAGAAAGGUCUGGAAAUACCUUAACUGUGCCAA